AAGAGCAAUACCUUUGGCUAGCGAUAACGACGAGUUGCUAACCUAUCUGUGAGACUUGACUCCGGACUUGACUCAACUUAAGUGCGAAGUGUUCGUCGCUCGGCAGAGAGAGACACGGUCACCGCUGCCGGCGGGUCAUGCAGCUCUCUGAGAGUGAGAGGGAAUGAGCCGCGAAGCCCCGGGGUCUCGGCUCAGCGGCGCCCACACAUUGCAGCCACAGUGGAAUGACUGGGAGGCCAGAGUUGACAGCGUGUCAUCCAGCCAGGACGGAGUGAAGUCCAGCACGUUUGCUUCAGGACUGUUGUAUGACGGGUUCCCUUCCAGCUGCUCUGAACAGCCAGCAGUGGCCAGUGAUGCCAACGCUGCUGCAGAUCAACACCAGGAAGAGGGUGGAUAUGAAGCUGGUCAAGGUGUCUGUGAUGCUGCUUUUGGUUGGAAGUCGCUGGUGCAAGAGUUGAGGCCCAAUGACGUGACAACAGAUUUCACUCCAUUUCAGCAUGGAAACCGUGCUUUAGCUUCAAAGGACAUGAGGAAAUCACAGGAUAGAGGGGCUCACUCAGAGGAGUCCCGACUGGCCAACCUCCUGCGCCGGGUCUCCAGAGAGGACGACCGCGACCGAAGGCUGGUCACUCUCAAACAGCUGAAGGAGUUCAUCAGCCAUGGAGAGAGUAAAGUGACCCUGGUCAAACAGCUGGACACCAUCCUCAGCAUCUUGAAUGACAUUUUGAACGAGAGCAGUAAGCUACUCUGGGAGUUGCGUCAGGACGCAGCAGCUUGCCUCGGUAUCCUUUGCACGGUACUCGGCUACGAGGCCGAGCGCAUCUUCAAGUGGCUUUUUCUCAAGUUCACUUCAAGUAGCCGUGAUGAGGUGAAGCUGUUGUACCUGAUGGCAGCACAGCGCGCUCUGGAGGCUGCUGGAGAGAGGAAGGCUUUCUCUCACGUCAUGCAGCUGGUGAUGAGCAACCUGCAGUCCAUCCUGGAGAAUGUGGACACACCAGAACUGCUUUGUCAAAGUGUCAAGUGUAUUCUUCAGGUGGCUCGCUGCUACCCACACGUCUUCAGUACCAACUUCAGGGACACAGUGGACAUCUUGGUGGGCUGGCAUAUUGACCACACACAGAAGCAUUCACUCACGCAGCAAGUCUCAGGCUGGUUACAGAGUCUGGAGCAGUUCUGGGUCGCAGAUCUGACCUUCUCCACCACCCUGCUUGGACAGUUCCUGGAGGACAUGGAGGCAUAUGCAGAGGAUCUGAGUCAUGUCGCGUCGGGCGAGGUUGUGGAUGAAGACAUCCCCCCUCCCUCCGUGUCCCUGCCCAAGCUAGCUGCUCUUCUGAGGGUCUUCAGCACAGUGGUGCGCAGCAUCGGAGAGAGAUUCAGCCCCUUUAGAGGUGCACCCAUAACUGAGGUCUACGUCACUGAUGUUCUGAAUCGGGUUCUGGUCUGUGUGUCCAUGGCGAAGCAGGUCCAGUUCUCUGAGGCCGUUCUCACUGCAGGGAACGAGUGUGUGGGUGUGUUGCUGGCCAGUGUGGAACCCUGUGGGCACCUGAUGGAUGCUGUCCUUGCCUAUGGCCUGGACCAGCUGGACUGCUGCCAGGCCUGUGGCACAGACUACAGCCUUGCAGUGCUCAGUCUUCUUACCAUGAUUGUGGACCAAAUCAACACAAAGUUGCCUGUGUUCUUUGUUGAGAAGUUGUUGGCGCCGGACUCCAAGCUACUGCAGCUGCGCUUCCACCGAGAAAAAGAGGUGAUGACAGCUGUUCACAGUGUGUAUCAGGCUCUGUUGGGCCUGAAAAACAUUCCAACUCUGGAGGCAGCUUAUAAAAUGGUUUUAGGUGAGAUGGUGUGUGCCCUGUCCAGCCUGAUGUUGGACCUGGAGCCCGCUGAGAAAGAACCACUAGCAGAUGGCCUGUGCCACACCAUUCAGCACCCUGCUUUUGCUUCCCUCAAUUUACCUGUGGAAAAGGCCCAAUACACCCUCAUCUUUAACCUAAGCACCCUCACCACCAUCGGCAACACCAAGAACUCUCUUAUUGGGAUGUGGGCGUUGUCCCCCACUGUCUUCACUCUUCUCAGUCACAACCUGAAGCUGAUUCAUUCUGAGUUAGCCGUCUACUUCCCUGCUGUCCAGUAUGCUGUACUCUAUACCCUGUUCUCACAUUGCACCAGACAUGAUCAUUUCAUCUCAUCCAGCCUCUCGUCGUCUUCUCCAUCCCUGUUUGAUGGUGCCGUCAUCAGCACUGUGACCACAGCGACUAAGAAACAUUUCAGCACACUGCUGAGCCUUUUGGGAGGUCUCUUGACGAAGGAAGAGCUUUACCCUGAAGCAAGGAAGCUCCUGCUGACCUGGGCCCAGGAAAUCUCUGUGCUCAUGAAGAAGUCUGACACCUACAGCCCUCUCUUCUCCUUGCCUUCCUUUAACAAGUUCUGCAGGGGCCUGCUGUCAAACGCUCUAAAUGAAGAUCAGAGUAUCUGCCUUCAGACCUGCCACAGUUUACAGGUCCUGUCUUCAUCUCUGUCCACGGAGUUGCUGCAGAGGUGUUUGGACGUGUGCAGAGUACAGUUGGUCCACUCAGCAGUGAGGGUGAGGCAAGCCUAUGGAAAGCUGCUCAGGACAAUCCCUCUUGAUGUGGCUCUGAGUAACCACAGUCACCCUGAAAUGAGGGAGAUUUCAGUGGCCAUCCGCCACCACAUGAACCAAGCACCAAGCAGCACCUUCCACCCCCAGGACUUCAGUGACCUCAUCAGCUUCAUCUUAUAUGGGGUCCUGCACCGUGGAGGGAAAGAUCCCUGGAUGGAGCGUCUGUACUUCAGCUGCCAGCGGCUGGAGAAGCGAGAUGCCAGAGGAGGAAGUGAUGUCAGCAGGCCGGACGUGGUGCCGCGGGCUCUGUUGAAAACUGAGGUGGUGCUGUGGCAGUGGGCCGUGUGGGAGGCUGCACAGUUCACAGUCCUGUCAAAGCUGCGAACACCGCUGGGUCGAGCUCAGGACACAUUCCAGACCAUUGAGGGAAUAAUCCGUAGUCUGGCUGCCCACAGUCUGAACCCAGAGCAGGAAGUGGGUGCGUGGGCUGGUGUUGGUAGUGACAGCGAUGGUCACCAUUCUAACCAGCUUCGCCUCGCUCUGCUGCUUCAGUACCUGGAGAACCUGGAGAAGCUCAUGUACAACGCGUAUGAGGGCUGUGCCAACGCUCUCACUGCCCCCCCAAAGGGAAUCAGGACGUUCUUCUACACUAAUCGGCAGACAUGCCAAGACUGGCUGACCAGGAUCCGCCUUGCACUGAUGCGGGUUGGUCUCCUAUCUGGACAGCCUGCUGUGACUGUCCGUCAUGGUUUUGACCUCCUUGCAGAGAUUAAAUACAGUAGCACCCAGAUACCAGAGGUGGAGGUUCCUCUGAUGUUGCUGGUGGAGGCUCUGUGUGAGCUGCAUUGUCCUGAGGCGAUCCAAGGCCUCACAGCCUGGAGCCUGUCCACCACAGGGAGGAGUCUGGGCUGGCUGUCAUCAGUCGCUCUGCAGGCUGAGGGCCGGUUUGAGAAGGCCGCUCUGGAAUAUCAAGAUCAGCUGUCAGCGGCCACAGGGAUGACCUGCAGCAUAAAGAACUCCAGCAACACAAGCAGUCCCAAGCACAACAACGGUGACAGUAGGAAGACUGUGCUGCUGAAAUCCAGCGAGUGUUCUCCUGAGGUGAUCAACUUCCUGGCCAACAAUGUAUGUCAGUGCUACGUGGCUCUCUGUGAUUGGGCCUCGGUGAAGGAGUGGCAGGCCACCAUCAAUUCCCUCAAACAGAACUCCACCAGUCCAGUCAACAUCAACCUGAGGACAGAUUUCAACUACAUUCAGGCUCUGAGCCGCUUUGAGGACGGAGACUUGGCCGAGUGUGGGGCUCAGCUGGAGCUUCUGCCAGGAGAGGACUACAGUUCACUGAGCAGCAAGGACAAGCUAGAUCUGAAGCGGCUCCUGCCAUCGAUGAGUCCUGAUCCCACUGAGCUGCACAGAGCCAUCGAGGUGCAGCUCCUUCGGACUGCUGUCAGUGCCAUGACCAAAGCCAGUCAACAGCAGGAGCUCAAGACCUCAGCCAAUCCAGACACAUUGGUUCGCUGCCUGAAACAGACUGGACGGAUCUGCUUGGGUCCUCUUCGUCUGUCCACCCUCACACUGUCCGACAGCCUGCCCACUUUACCCACCCUGCAACUCCACUGCACUGCCACCCUGGAGAACUCGCUGACUGGACAGGAAGACUGUGUGAUUCCUCUAAGCAGUGAAGUUCUGAACUCUUGUAAGCAGCAGGACGUGCAGCCUUUCCUCCAGGCCCUCAGAUACACCAUGUUCCAGAGACAACUCCUCCAUCAACUCAAAGGUUGCUCCUCCUCCAUGGACGGUCAUCUAGUUGAGCUUUGUCUGACAGCUGUUAAAUUUGCCCGGAAGAAAGGCAACAUCGCCCUGGCCUCCCGUCUUCUCAGCCAGUGUGCUGACGGGACACGAGAAGACAAUCAGCCGGAUGAUCUGAGCCAGGCCUUCAGGCGUCUGUCUCUGGACGGCAUGCUGGCAGAGAAAUGGGGAGCAGAGCUGCAGAUCGAAAAAGCCAAAGUCCUCAGAACUGCAGGCCAGUCCAUGGCAGCAAUGGAGAUGCUGAGUGGAGCUGCUCUGUCCUACUGCCACGUGGAGAAGAAUGAAGGCGCUGCCUGCCGCUCACUGCUGACACUCUGCAAAUGGCUGUUGGCUGACUGGAAGGACAUGGCGUCUCAGCUUAAACAGGUGGUGAAGAAGUCGGGAACAGUAAACUCCUCCAACGCUGUAAGCAGUAUGUCAACUCUGAGCCGGAAUAUCGCAGCCCUGCUGGAGCUUCCCCUUGAGGACCACGGCAUCCCCCACAUUAUCUCGGAGACCUCAGUGAGUGUGGGUGUUGGGGAGCCAGACUUCGUAUUGGGCCAAAUCUACCAGCUCUCCACCAGCCUGGCUCCAGAGGUGGCCAAAUCCUGGGCAGCCCUGGCCAGCUGGGCUUACCGCUGGGGCAGGAAGGUGGUGGAUAAUGCCAGCCAAGGGGAAGGAUUGCCUCUGCUUCCUGUGGAGAAAAAAGAGGUAGAGGAGUUGUUACCUGAAACCACCAGUGAAGAAGACAAGGAGACCAUCUUAAGCAUUCUUGGACAGGCCAUGUGUCGACCUACUGGCAUACAGGAUGAGGACAUGGCUCUGCAGCAGGAGGACGAUGAAGACGACAUGGUGGACAUAAUUGCACGGCAGCUCACUGCUUCGUGUCCCUGGCUCGUGGAUGCGGGUCAGCCUGUCACAGAUGGUCUGAUUCGAGUUUGGAGACAGGUGGUGGACCGUAUCUUCGGACUCUACCAGGUCUCCUGCCAAGCAUAUUUCACCUUCCUCAAGUUGAAUGCAGGACAGGUUCCUAUAGAUGAGGAUGACCCAAAGCUCCUGCUGUCCUGUCACAACAGCAAACAGAGCAAUGACGAUGUGAUUGUCAUGGCAACGCUACGUCUCCUGCGUCUGCUGGUUAAACAUGCCGGUGAACUGAGGGAAGGACUUGAGUUGGGCCUGGCCUCGACCCCUACUGCACCCUGGAGAGGAAUCAUUCCCCAGCUCUUUUCCCGUCUCAACCAUCCAGAGGCUUAUAUCAGGCAGAGUAUCUGCAGCCUGCUGUGUCGAGUGGCCCAGGAUUCCCCUCAUCUGAUCCUCUACCCAGCCAUUGUGGGCUCACUCUCUCUUGGAGGAGAGGCUCAGAGUGCAGGGAGUAAACUGCCCUCAGCUCUGCCCACCUUCCUGGGCAGCAUGCAGGGAGAGGAAGAGGAGGAAGAGGAGGAGGAGGAGGUGGAGGAGCAGUCUGAAGGAGUUGGUCAAGAAGGAGCUCCAGAAGACCUGAGCACCUACUGCUCCAAUCAAGACCAAGCCAUGAUGCAGCACUGCUAUAGCCAGAUUGUGGAGAAGCUGUCCUUAGCCAGCCCUACCAUGGUGCUUCAGGUCCAGCAGCUGGUGGCAGAGCUGCGGAGAGUGACGUUACUGUGGGACGAACUGUGGCUCGGUGUGUUACAGCAGCAGCACAUGCACGUGCUGCGCAGGAUCCAGCAACUGGAGGAUGAGGUCAAAAGAGUGCAGAACAACAACACACUGCGCAGGGAUGAAAAGAUUGCCAUCAUGCGUGAGAAGCACUCCGCUCUGAUGCGUCCGGUGGUUUUUGCCCUGGAUCAUGUCUGCAGCAUCACUGCAGCUCCAGCAGAGACGCCACAUGAGACAUGGUUCCAGCAGACGUAUGGUGAUGCCAUCACCUCUGCCCUGGAGCGCCUGAGAAACCCUGCCAACCCCGCCAACCCCGCCAGCAGCUGGCUUCCUUUCAAACAGAUCAUGAUGAGCCUACAGCAGCGAGCUCAGAAGCGAGCCAGUUACCUGCUUCAUCUCAGUGAGAUCAGCCCUCGUCUGUCAUCGAUGAACACAACAGAGAUCGCUCUGCCAGGAGAGGUGUCUGCGUCAGACGCAGUCACCAUACAGAGCGUUGGCAACACCAUCACCAUCCUGCCCACCAAGACCAAGCCCAAGAAGCUCUUCUUCCAGGGAUCAGAUGGACACAAGUACCCUUACCUAUUUAAAGGUCUGGAGGAUUUGCAUUUGGAUGAGCGCAUCAUGCAGUUCCUGUCCAUUGUCAACACCAUGUUCACUAAGAUCAACCAGCAGGAGCAGCCACACUUCCACGCCCGCCACUACUCUGUCACCCCCCUUGGUACCCGAUCUGGUCUGAUCCAGUGGGUGGAUGGAGCGACGCCACUGUUUGGCCUCUACAAGCGCUGGCAGCAGAGAGAGGCUGUGCUGCAAGCCCAGAAGGCCCAAGACUCUGUCCAGCAACAGCCGGUUCCUCCAGUACCCCGUCCUAGUGAGCUCUACUACAGCCGCAUUGGUCCAGCACUAAAGGCCGUGGGGCUCAGUCUUGAUGUGACGCGGCGAGACUGGCCUCUCAGUGUGAUGAAGGAAGUGCUGAAAGAGCUGAUGGAUUCUACUCCCUCCAACUUACUGGCCAAAGAGUUGUGGUGUUCCUGCACAACGCCCAGUGAGUGGUGGAGAGUCACUCAGUCGUAUGCCAGAUCCACAGCUGUCAUGUCAAUGGUAGGAUACAUCAUUGGCCUCGGGGACCGUCACCUUGACAAUGUGUUGAUUGACAUGACCACUGGAGAGGUGGUGCACAUCGACUACAAUGUAUGCUUUGAAAAAGGCAAGAGCCUGCGGGUGCCAGAGAAGGUUCCAUUCAGGAUGACCCACAACAUUGAGACUGCUCUGGGAGUCACUGGGGUGGAGGGCAUCUUCAGACUGUCCUGUGAACAGGUGGUUCAAAUGAUGCGCCGGGGCAGAGAGACGCUUCUGACCCUGCUGGAAGCCUUUGUCUAUGACCCCCUGGUGGACUGGACUGCUGGGGGUGAGGUGGGCUUUGCUGGUGCAGUUUAUGGAGGAGGAGGAGGACAGCAGGCCGACAGCAAGCAGAACAAGAGGGAGAUGGAGCGAGACAUCACACGCUCUCUCUUCUCCUCCAGAGUGGCUGAGAUUAAGGUGAACUGGUUUAAGAACCGGGAUGAAAUGCUGGCAGUGCUGCCACAGGUGGAAGAAGCUGUGGAGGAGUACCUGGUCCUGCAGGAGCUGCUUUUCCAGGGCGAGAAACUGCAAGGCAAACUACAGGAGGAGAUUGCCUUCCUGGAGGGAGCAGAGAACCAUCCUGACCAUCUCAUCCUCACGCUGGAGCAAAGAUAUUCUGAACACACUCAGCUGCAGUCACGGCAGCGGACUGUGCAGGAUGCCAUUCAGAGCAAACUGGCUGACCUGGACCAGUGGAUCUCACAGUACCAGGCAGCAUUUACCAACCUGGAGGCCACUCAGCUCGCCAGCCUGCUGCAGGACAUCAGCAGCCCAAUAGAUCUUGGUCCUCCGAGCUAUGUGCCGGCUACAGCCUUCCUGCAGAACGCAGGUCAGGCCCAUCUGAUCAGCCAGUGUGAGAGCCUGGAGGCGGAGCUGAGCUCCCUGCUGCAGCAGCGCCGUGGGGCCCUGCACGGUUGUUUAGAACAGCUGCACAGUUAUGCUACAGUGGCUCUGCUGUACCCACGGGCGAUGCUGCUGCACCAUCGCGUCCACCAGUGGAAGACAUGGUUGGAGGAGCUGCUGAGAGACAUGACAGUGGAGCAUUGCCAACACGUAUACAGACAGUAUGAGUUGCUGUUUGCCCCCCAGCCUCCCGCUGCUUCCUGCCAGUUCUUGUCCAGCAUGGAGCUGACUCUGCAGCACCAUGUUGCCGACACCAACGAGUGCGUGAUUCACCAAGCAGAUCGACUGAAGGCCGAGGGUACGACUGCAGCAGACUGUGAGGAGCAGCUCCAGGAGAUAGAACACUGCAUCACAGUCUUCCUGCGGGAGAAUGGAGAGCAGGGCUCCUUGAGCCUGGCUGGAAUCCUCACCUCUGCCCUGUCCACACUCUGCAGGCGAAACCUAGCGAUGGAGGGGGCGGCAGCCAGCGCCGGAGAGAAGCUGGUGGACCUGACGUCUCGGGAUGGGGCGUGGUUUUUGGAGGAACUUUGCAGUAUGAUUGGAAAUGUCAGCGCCUUGACAACACUGCUCCAACGGUGCCCACUUCUGCCACAUGACUUGGAUCUGCCUGCACCUUCAGCUACAGCACAGGCCAUGUACCUGGCCAAUGCUGUGUACACCUGCUUACAGGAACUGAACACCAACUUCCGUCAGAUCAUCUUCCCCGAGGCUUUACACUGUAUGAUCAAAGGAGAGCCCACUCUGGAAUCCAUGUUAGCAGAACUGGAGCAGCUGGUGGAGCAGUGCUCUGAUGGUCUUGGCUUUCAGGGCCUGGUCGACGGUCUGCAGGCCACCACAGGCGUGGAGCAGGAUGGCCACAACCACUGUUACCACAUCUCCAGGAUGCUGCGUGCUCAGUACUCUGAGCUGAUCCAGCCUCGCAGCAUAGAUGGACCAGGCCAGGAGACACCAAAGAUGUCUGCAGGUCAAAUGUUGCUGGUAGCCUUUGAUGGCAUGUUCAGCCAACUAGAGACGGCCUUUGGACAACUCACAGAGAAGCUGAGUUCUCUGGAGGUGCCGCCAGCCUGGAGGAAGGUUGACGUUCUGAGGGAGGCUCGGGCCUCGCAGCUCCAUUUGUUCGACAGCCAACACCAGUGGCAGCUGAUGAAAGAAGUAUUCUUCCUCAAGAGACUGCAAACCAUCCAGGAUUUCUUCAGGCUCUGUUCCUCCUUUGCUCAGACUCUGUCCGGUACUUGUCCCUCGGCUGACGACGUGCUGCCUGCGAAUGGGCCAGUUGGUCUUGGAAAGCCUCUGUACCAACGGCCCAGCUCCACAGGGUCAGGGGGGUCAGGGGGGUCAGGGGUGGCCGUGGUGAGUGAGGAGCAGAUGACUCACCCCAUCAAGGCCUUCACAGCAGAGUUCUUUCAGCAGAUGCUCAUGGGUCUGCCCAGCCAAGCCCUGGGUUUGGUCAUCUGUAGCACGGUGUCUGCUCUCGGCCUUGACGUCAUCACCCAGGUGGAGGCUAAAGACUUUGGUGCAGACAGUAAGGUGUCCCUGGACGAGCUCUGUAAGAAGUCAGUAGAGCAGAGCCUGUCGUCAGGCCGGGUCUCUCAGCUGCUGCUGAACAGAGCCACGGUGCUGGCCUCCUCCUACGACACAGCCUGGAAGAAACUGGACCUGCUGAGGAGACUGGACGCCAUCCUGGAUACUGCUAAGGCCAGUUCCCAGAGGAGCCAGCUGCACAUGGCCAUGUUCCAGUGGCAGCACGAGGAUGUUCUGAGUCCCAAUAAUCAGCCCGUCAGUGUGAGCAUCCCUCCUCGCUCCAUCAUCCUCAGCAAUAUGAAGAAGAAGCUGUACAAGCUGAGUCAGGACGAGGGAGCAAUUGUUUCCAUACAGGAGAAGCUAGCGUCUCUGGAGGCUAGCAUCGAGCAGCGUCUGAAGUGGGCUGGAGGAGCUAACCCAGCACUGGCCCCAGUUCUGCAGGACUUUGAGAUGACCAUCAGGGAGAAACGUAAUAUGGUGGCAAGAGAGAAUCAGCGUACCAGCCAGGUCACCUUCUUGUGUUCCACCAUCCUGAACUUUGAAGGUCUUCGGACUCGAUCUCCCGAGGCCCUCAACAUGGACGCAGCUCUGUUUGAGCUGCUGAAGCGCUGCCAGCAAACCUGCUCUUAUGCUGCUCAGUUUAGCAGCGCAGUUUCUCCACUGGAGCUGCAACUACUGCACAGGCUGACCCCAUUGUUGGACCUGCCCAUCGGCAGUCCUGAUUGGCUGAGCUGUGCCCAGAGGCAGCUGGUGGAGGAGCUGAGCGUUGAGCGGAGGACUCAGGAGGAGCGAGAGCAGCAGCUGGAGUCCUGUGGAGAGACACUGCAGCUCCUGGUUGACUCCAUUAAAACCAUUCUCUCCAACCACAACCGGCAGCUGGCCGAUGUCAAACACCUGUUGAGAGCCAUGGCUAAGGAUGAGGAGGCAGCACUGGCAGAUGGUGAAGAGGUGGUUUAUGAGGGCAGCGUGCGUCAGUUCCUCCUGGAGUAUAAAGCGUGGCAGGACAACAUUCAGCUGGUCUUAUUCACUGUGGUCCAGGCCAGCGGGCAGCCUCGCAACCACGAGCAGCUGGAACUGCUGGAGGAGAUUCCUGCGACUCUGAAGGAGCUGCACUCCCAGAGCCAGAGUGUGUAUAAUGGCCUGGUGGGCUUUGCCUCUCCACUGGUGACGGACCGAGAAAUUGAAUGUGCCAGUCCAGUUUCUGCAGCACAGACCAGUUUUGCAGCAGCUGUGAGGUGCAGCGGGGUGAAGACCCAGCCUGAGUCCAUGUCCCAGAAUGCACGCAAGGCUCUGCCGCGUAACCUUGGAACGCCCACUGACACCCCACCCAGCACCCUGCUGAUGAACAGCAGAGGCCUCAACCCCAGCCCCAAGAGAGCCGUACGAGACCCCAAAACUGGACGAGCUGUUCAGGAGAGGAACUCGUAUGCCGUCAGUGUGUGGAAGAGAGUGAAGGCCAAGCUGGAAGGAAGAGACAUUGAUCCCAACCGGAGGAUGAGUGUCACAGAGCAGGUGGACUUUGUCAUCAAAGAGGCCACUAACAUGGACAACCUGGCCCAGCUGUACGAGGGCUGGACUGCCUGGGUGUGAACACUAUCCUGCUUCAUGUCUUUGGUCCAGCGAAGGCUUGGAGAUCCACCAGAGUCCAGCGGGUCUGGGGUGUCGGAACAGCAGCACCGGGCCACACUGGGGGGGAGCAAAUGGGAAGCGGAUGCUUAGUCUGCCCUCCCACACUCCCGGGCACCCAAACUGGGGCAGCGACUUCGCAGCUCCGCUGCAUCCACACUCCCCUAACCAUCGGCGAUCGGGCUAACACAACGCUUAGUGGGCCUGCGGGCCCCGCCUCCCUUUCUUAGGGGUUUGAUCGAGCAAAGCAGCGUGGAGUGGGGAGGGGGGAAGGAGGGCAAAGGCCUCCUCCCCCUUGACUUGGAGAUCCCUUCCCCCCUCACCUGCAUAGCUCACUAUCAAGUUGUACCCAUAAACAUCCCUGCUUCCUGCUGAGGCGAUCAGACUCCACCUGCAGGAUGAGCAGGGUGAAGCAGGCCGUGAGCGCUUCCCCUCUGAAGCACGCGGGUCUUCACCGGGGAGAUGGAUGGGGUGUUUCACAGCCACACCUCUUUUCUCUUAACCCUUUUUUUUUUUUUUUUUUUUUUUUCCUUCCUCAGCGCCUGUGAUUCUGUGUGAUUGGUCAGCGAGUGACACGGAUGAGCGGGAAUGUUUGAAUCAGAGGAAAUUAAAGUGGAAAUGAAUCAAACUGUUCUUUGGUUGAUGGAGAGGGAAGUGAUGUCACAGAUGAAACCAUGACGCAGACUUUGGAUAAUUGUGAGGAGGAGGAGCAGGAGGAGCAGGAGGAGGAGGAGGAGGAGGAGGAGGCGUGACUCUUGUUGUUCUGUCGUGCAGUGAAACUCUUUAGUGUCUUCCUCUGUAGACGCAGCUGAGGAAAAGACUUUUGCUUUGGUUGAUUUGCCUCGUCUCGCGGUCCGUCGCUCACCUCGUGUAAAAUCACUCCCGAAACCCUGAUGCUUGCGUUUUAUUAAUCCUGACCUUCUAGUUUUACAUUUUUAGUGGGAGAAAUUAUUGUUUUGUUUGGUGAAGGUGCAAAAUGUUCAUUCUUAAAGCUUUUAGUGGAUUUUGUUGGAUGCCAAAUAAACAUGGGAUUGAAAAGUG